GCCAGCGCAGAGGCGGAGUCCCAGGCGCGGCCAGGGGACAUGGGCCCUCGAGCGCGGCGCGCGCUGCCGCUCCUGCUGCUGCUGCUGCUGGUGCGCACCGUGGUCCCGCAGGGGCGACCGCCGCGGUCCCACUCUCUGCGCUACCUCUUCAUGGGCGCUUCAGAGCUGGACCUCGGGCUGCCCUUGUUUGAGGCUUUGGGCUACGUGGAUGACCAGUUGUUUGUGUCCUACAAUCAUGAGAGUCGCAGAGCCGAAGCCAGAGCCCCUUGGGUCCAGGGCAGGACCUCAAGCCAACUGUGGCUGCAGCUGAGUCAGAGCCUGAAAGGCUGGGACCACAUGUUCACGGUGGACUUCUGGACCAUCAUGGACAACCACAACCACAGCAAGGAGUCUCACACCCUGCAGGUGAUGCUUGGCUGCGAGGUGCAAGCAGACAACAGCACCAGGGGGUUCUGGAGGUACGGAUACGAUGGGCAGGACCACCUGGAGUUCUGCCCGGACACACUGGAUUGGAGGGCAGCAGAGCCCCAGGCCUGGCCCACCAAGCUGGAGUGGGAAGUGCACCAGAUUCGGGCCAAGCAGAACAAGGUCUACCUUCAGAGGGACUGCCCCCAGCAGCUGCGRCAGCUCCUGGAGCUGGGGAGAGGCAUUCUGGACCAGCAAGUGCCUCCRUGGGUGAAGGUGACGCGUCACGUGACCUCUGCAGUGACCACUCUGCGGUGUCGGGCUCUGAACUUCUAYCCCCAGAACAUCAGCAUGAGGUGGUUGAAGGACAGCCAGCCACUGGAUGCCAAGGAGGUUGAGCCUCAGGACGUGCUGCCCAGUGGGGACGGCACCUACCAGGGCUGGCUGGCCUUGGCUGUGCCCCCUGGGGAGGAGCAGAGGCACACCUGCCAGGUGGGGCACCCAGGCCUGGACCAGCCCCUCAUGGCCACCUGGGCGCCCUCGUCGCCCAGCACCCUGGUGACUGGGGUSGUCGGUGGCACCAUGGUUGGCAUCCUCGUCGUCUUGACUGGAGUUCUACUCCGAACUCUAAGGAAGAAGCACGCCUCCAGAGGCGUCGCCAGGGACUAUGUCUUAGCGGAUCGCCAGUGAGGURCAGCCUGCUGACCUCCUGCAGGGAGGAAGGAAACACAGCCAGACUCAGACAGGCGCACUUGUGGACUCCUCAGUGUUUGGGGAYAGAAUCGGGCCUUCCACACAGAAAGUGCUGCAGAACUCUGCUCCGGUCUUCCCUGCUCACUUCCCAGGAAGUCUCCUCCACCUGGGGCUGGGUUCCUGCAUGACAGCAACCCAGGCUGUGACCUGUCCCCCAGAGCUGGUUCUCAUGAAUCUCAGGCUGACUGUGGACACUUCCUUCCUCUCCUCUCUCGCCUCGGACCCCACACACCUAUGUCAUCUCAUCUCCUGUAUGUGGAAGAGGGCUCCUUACAUUUUAGGGACUCGUGGUUCCUUUUAACAUCAGAGAAAAGCCAUGGCCCUUCACCCCAGGGUGUGCAUAUUUGUACUCCUGUCAGAAUUUUGCACACAGAUUCUCACAUCCAGGACCCACUUGGCUCUCUCUAAAUCCUCUCUAUUAUCCAGUGUCUGUCACCACAGCCUGGUUUUGUUCCAUCAAAGUGUGAUCUGGGACGUGGCACAGUCGUGGAGGCUGUGCACUGCAGCGCUGAGGAGGCGCCUCUCCUGGCCAGGGAUGGCUGUUUGUGUGCAGUGUGACGGUUUUCAGCAGGGGAGAAGAUUAAGGAGGGCCACCUUUUCCUCAUUUGUACAAAGAUGUCCUAUAGGUUUUCAGAGUUAAAUGGCACCUGCGUUUGUGAUGCCUGUUUGGUAUGCUGGACCCAAAGUACCUUGUCUUGUUGUUCUGACAAAGGAAAUCAUGACGAGGAUGAUCAUAGUGAUGAUAAUGAGGCUGACCCUUGUUUUCCAAAAGUGCCUGGUGUCAGUCUGUUCUGAGCCUCUACUCACAUGCAUUACUGGGAGUAGUUCUUAUACUAAUCCUACGAGGUAGGUACUGUUAUUCUCCCACCCUGCCUUUUAGAGGAAGAAAGUGAACUACAGAGCAUCUUGCCUUGCCGCUUGCCAGGGACAGAGAUGGCUUUCAGACUCAGUCAUCUGGCUGCUUGAUCCUUCACCACAUGUGGGAAGGACCCCCAGUGUGGUCCCACUCCUCUGCUGUUCUUUCUGACUCUCUUUAACCCCCGUAGGAGGACUGUGAUUGGUGUGUUCAGUUGGUGGCUGUACUGGACUUGAUUGCGUCCACCUUCAGCCAUUGCCUCUGGAGUCAGAAUCCUGAUGUCACUUCCCUCUUCAAACUAGAGCAGUAUUUCUCAUUGUUAGCUGAGAAAAUGGAAGCUGUCAGGCAGCUUGGAGGACACYCAGGCAUCCUCCAGGGGCUGCUGGUUCUCAUCCCCAGUUAUGCACAUCCUAAAAAAUCAAUCUAACCUGGUCACUUGCAGAUUUCUGGGAAAGUGAGUCAUCCAAGCGUGUUGGAGAGUCAUGUUUGCAUGUGUCCAUAGAUCUCCAUCCAGGUGCCAUGGGCCUACUUUCUGUUGCCUCAUACUUUUGGCUGCAAUGUAUACAUUUGGCUACGUGUGCUGUGGCACUGUGGGAAGGCAGGUGCCUCAAGAAACCAAGCACAGCUCAAAAGUUUGUUGGUAGGCAUUGAAUUUGAGCAGAGAAUCUCAACUUUAAAAAAAAAAAAAAACUUCAUGUUUUUCUUCUGUUUAUGAGAGUUAUAUAGAAGAAAGUAAAAUUGAGCUCACUGUAGAAAAGUUGAAAAUAAAAUUAAAGCUACCGUUCCACGAGCCAGUGAUAAACUCUAUUGACGACUCAUGUAUACUGCCGCAUUACAGUAUAUGAAUUAAAUACACACACACACAUGUGCUCACAAUUGUGGUGUUUACGGCAUGAUUUUACUAAUAUUGUUCAUCAUGCAUAUAAUUAACUAUUCACGUAGAAGACAUUCACGUUGCUUUUAAUGUUUUUUAUAUUUUUU